GUGACAGAAAGAGAGAGAAAUAGAUAGUGGGGAAAAGCGGGGUGGUGGGGAGGGUUUAGUACGAGAGAGGGACUCCGAACAGUUCGGACGUGCAUCGCGCUAGUAAGGCGGCUCAGUUAGCGGCGAGCCGCCACGAAGUUAGGGUUGAAUUUUUUUCGAUCAUCUCCUUGUCAUAUCACUUUUUUUUUUUUAAAUCCGCGUCAGGAGUUACCGCAUCAUUAUUAUAUAGUCAUCUUGUCUCGUUGUCAUAACUUGUGUACGCGCGUUUUAAUCAUUUUCCUCGAACGCUCGCUCGCUCGCUUAUUCGUCCGUUCGUUUGUUCGUACGUUCGUUCGUUGGUUUUAAUUUCGUACAUCGAUUAUAUAUACGAGGAAGUAUUUAUAUGAUCGUUUGCAGGAUAAUCAGUAUAAUACAGUAAUGAAGUUACUGCGACUAUUGUACUCCUGUACAGAGUACACUUAAAAAAAUUAAAACAAUAUAUAAAAAAUAACUUUGUUUCAAUUUGUAUUCCUUUAAUAUCAAAAGAUCAAAAGUUGUAUUAAGAAAAUACGAUUUCCUUUUGUUAUUUAUCUGAGAGGAGGGAGGAUCAUCCUUUUCCAUGUACAAACCUGAUACUGUCUUUCGAUUACGCGCGACGGGGUUAUAAUAAAUAAAAAGGAAGAGUAAAAAAGGAAAACAAGAAAUUUCUCUAUCCCUGCAUCGAAAACGUGUCGAUAUGACGACGUCGACUACGAUUACGAAUAAAAUGACUACGACAACGACCACGACGACUACUACGACGAGAAGGAUGUAAAAGAAAAGGUGUUUGCGAGAGAGAGAGAGAGAGAGAGAGAGAGAGAGAGAGAGAGCAGAUAGAAAAGGGUUCGACGUCAUUUCCUUCCCUCUCGUUUCCCUCCCUUUCGCAAAAAGGGUCAGAGUUCGGGGUAAGAACGAGGAGGGAGCGUGAAAGGGCUCUGCGUUAAGAGACAUCGAGAGGAUCUUCCUGAUACUUCGUGAAAUCGAAAAAAGAAAAAAAACGAGAGAGAGAGAGGGAGAUAAAUAAAUAUAAUAAAAUAAAAUACAUCAAAUCAAAUAAAAUAAAAUAAAAAUAAUGUCGAUGCUUUCGAUAGGAUCCUCGUGGAUCCUAGCCGCGUUAUGCGGUUUGGUACUGGUCCAAACAAGGAGUUCGACAGCGGGCGGAGAAAUUUACGCUAAGAUGUUCUCCAGUCAACAAAAUCCAUCGGAUCCUUGUUAUGAUGAGGACAGGCCGAGAAGGUGCAUCCCGGAUUUCGUUAAUGCCGCGUUCGGUGCGGCGGUCGAGGCUUCCUCUACAUGUGGCAGCGGUGGUCCUACAAGAUAUUGCGACGUCAACGAGCAACCAGGUGGAUCGAUUGGUAUUGGACAGUGUCACAUUUGCGACGACAGUACGCCUAGACGACGAUUCCCGGCUAGUUAUUUGACCGACCUUAACAACCCUAACAACGUGACGUGUUGGCGCAGCGAGCCCCUCGUAACGUCGCAAAGUUUUUCAGCGCCGCCGGACAACGUCACGCUAACCCUAUCACUCGGUAAGAAAUACGAGCUGACAUACGUUAGCCUACAAUUCUGUCCGCGCGCUGCCAAGCCCGACUCGAUCGCCAUUUACAAGUCGAUGGACUACGGGAAGACCUGGCAGCCCUUUCAAUUCUACUCGUCCCAGUGCCGGCGGGUCUACGGUAGGCCAAACAGGGCGACGAUCACUAAGGCGAACGAGCAGGAGGCCAGAUGCACGGACAGUCAUCGAUAUACAGGUGGCGAUGGUCUAGGACCGGUUGGUCGGAUAGCCUUUAGCACCUUGGAAGGUCGUCCAUCAGCGGCAGAUUUUGAUAAUUCUCCGGUUCUCCAGGAUUGGGUUACCGCGACCGACGUUAGAGUUGUCUUCAAUAGACUUCACAUGCCACAACAGCCUAGUCAAGAUCAAGUCUCGCAGUUGGGUGUCGUUGACGAGCAGGUUGGACUCGGGGUCGAGGAGCUAGCCAAACGGGAAAGAGAACGCGAAGAAAGAUUGAAGAAUCAAAAAAGCAAUCUUUUGCACGGCGUAGAUGGUUUCGUCACGGUAUUACCUUCCUCCAUUCAUUCCCAUCAGGUGUUGGGAUCUCGCGAAAUGCAAUCAAACGACGCACUUGAUCCCCAAGAUAUGAGUUUCGUAGCAGUGACCGGAAGCACGACCAGCAUAGGCACCACCACGACCACAACAACGAUUACCAGCAAUCUUGGUGGAUUGAGCGUCGUGGGUACCGGUACCCUCGCGCAUCACUACGCCGUAUCGGACUUCGCCGUGGGCGGCAGGUGCAAGUGCAACGGCCACGCGGCAAGGUGCAUCCCCGGCAAGGACGGCGAGGUCGUCUGCGAGUGCAAGCACAACACCGCCGGUAGAGAUUGCGAGAGGUGUCGGCCAUUCCACUUUGACCGACCCUGGGCCAGGGCUACUGCGAGGGACGCCAACGAGUGCAAAGAGUGCAACUGCAACCUCCACGCGAGAAAGUGCAGAUUCAACAUGGAACUCUACAAGCUGUCGGGACGUGUCAGCGGAGGCGUUUGCCUGCAGUGCCGGCAUUUUACGGCAGGAAGGCACUGUCAUUAUUGCCGAGAAGGUUACUACAGGGAUCCGGCGAGGCCGAUCACGCAUCGCAAGGCCUGCAAACCGUGCGACUGCCACCCGAUCGGAGCGUCUGGAAAGACCUGUAACCAGAACACCGGUCAGUGUCCCUGUAAGGACGGUGUAACCGGUACUACUUGUAACAGAUGUGCCAGAGGAUAUCAACAGAGCAGAUCGCACAUUGCUCCUUGCAUCAAAAUACCGAGGGUCGUACAAACUCAAGGCACAGCUGGAGAGGAAAGUGGAGAACACGAGGACGAGGACGACGAUCGUGGAUACGAUGGAAGAGCCGAUCAAUGUGGAAAAUGUCGCGCCAGCACGAAGAGAGUCAAUUUGAACAAAUACUGCAAAAGAGAUUACGCUAUACUUGGAAGAAUAACAGACAGGCACAAGAAAAGCGACGGUUCACAAAGCGGAAGUGGUGUUUCUGGGGCAUCUUGGAUACGCUUCACAUUGAAUGUCGACUAUAUAUAUAAAAAGAAUCCAAAUUCAAGGAUUCGACGCGGUGAUGUUCCGCUUUACGUGCACUCUGCGGAUUUGGCCUGUAGAUGCCCCAAGAUCAAACCAAGCAAAUCGUAUUUGAUACUCGGCCAAGAAAGUGACGGUGGAAGUCAAGGUGGUCUGACUGUAACGCAAAGAUCGAUUGUCAUCGAGUGGCGCGACGAAUGGCAUCGUCGAAUGCGCCGCUUCCAACGUAGAGCGAGAUCAUGCCAUUGAAGGAGUAGCAAGUCAUCGGCACAUACGAGGACGUAGAGAGAAGGGGGGAGAGAAAGAGAGAAUGUAUGUGUGUGUAUGUAUGUAUGAGAAAGAAAGAGAGAACGAAGGAAAAUUAGGAAGGAUUCGCCUAACCACCACCACCACCCAUCUUUAUAGAAGAACCUGCUACUUUUUUUCUAAUCGCGCGUACCACCUCAGUGUAUCGAACGUUUCCACCUAUUCUGAAUUAUAAAAAAAGA